AUGGCAACAAAAGAAGAAAUCAAACAAGAAUUAACAAAAGCAGAUGCGAGAUUAGACGAGGCAACGAAGAAUUUGAAGAAAUUCGAAGAAGGAGAAAAUGAUGGGAAGUGGUUGAACGAGUUGAGGAGAAAG